AUGUCUAAGCAAAUGAGUCAUCUUAUUUUAAUUUUGGCUGGAGCUUUGUGCGCAGUGUCAGCCGAAACAUGCAAGGAAACAGAUGAGCCGCCGAGCGUUACGUCGGAUUGCUGUGGAUUAGACCUUGCAGAUGACCAUCGUAGCACUAGCGGUAAUGCAGCCAUCAAUCAAUUCCCGUGGCUAGCUCUGAUAGAACACAACGAAGGCAGAAUCACUUGCACCGGUGUUCUUAUCAGUUCGCGAUAUGUACUGACCGCAGCACAGUGUCUAUACCACGCCCCUAAAAAUGUUCGUUUGGGUGAAUUCAAUAAAACCAACAGUGGACCCGAUUGCCUGGUCGUCGCCGGCAAGAAGAUUUGCAAUGAGGGUGCCAUCACAAUUCCUAUUGAUCAUGUUAUUUCCCACCCUGAGUUCGACAAACAUAAGUAUCAUGGCCACGACAUCGCUGUGAUAAAGCUCGCACAACAAGUGCCGUAUAAUGAAUUCAUAAGACCCAUAUGUCUACCCGAAUCUGACAUUACGGCGUCAGCCCCCAGCGACUUGAAAUUGAUCAACGCCGGUUGGGGAAGCAAGCCUGCGAGCGACCACGAGGACGACGUUGUAAAACAUUAUGUAGAGCUACCCUACGUGCCUUUUAAGAAAUGCAAAGAAAUUUACGCAUCACGAAACAUCAGACGUUACGCAGCCGUGAGUGAGGAUCAUAUUUGCGCAGGUGGCGAGAAAGGACUGGACUCUUGCAGGGGGGAUGGCGGCGGCCCUUUGAUGUCUGAAAAUGAUGGCCGAUAUACCUUGGAAGGUAUUGUCAGCUUUGGAGCAGUCCCGUGCGGUACAGAAGGCAUCCCUAGCGUUUACACUAAAGUAUACUCAUUUUUACCCUGGAUACGUGAAGUUGUUUCAUCU